CCGGACCCGGACUAUUAGACAUGGAUAUAACUGUUCAAAAUUUUUGAUGGUAAUUAGUUGUAAUUUGCCAUUGCUAUUCAGAGGAAAGAUAAGAUUAGUUACUAAUACAACAGCUGUGACAACGGUCAUGAUUACUGUGAAGUGAACCGUAGUUAGUGCAAGCGAGCUGAGAAUUUACUAACGAAUAAAUUAUUAUUUUUCUAUAAAUUUCUGAUCAACAAGUGGUUGCCCAUCCGUAUUUGAAAAUGAACGAUUAUAAAGACGAUACUUUGAUUAGAAUUCAGAAUGAAAUUAAAGAAAAUCUGAAAAGGGAGAAAGAGUUGAAGAGCGGUUAUGCAAAGAUAAAUGGACAUGAUCAUAAUAGUUCUUUGGUAAUUGAAUCUAAGGGAAAUUCGAAUUCAAGCACCCUGCGGCGUUUCAUUCCAAACACCAAUACAAAGGGCGUUAUGCAAAAGUUUUUUAAAAGUCGAGGAAAAGUCAAUUCCUUGAAACAAACGGAUUCAAAGGGACAUUUCAUAAAUGAUGCAGCUUUUUGUCCUGCAAAACUGAUUGUGGAAAAGGGUAAACCUCUGAGAAAUGGAUAUAUUCCCACUAAAGAAAAGAUUGUGAAAGAGUUACUUGAUUUCCAGUCUCGUGAAACUGAAUUGAGAAAUGAAAGAAUUAAAUCUCAAUCCGAUUUGAUGACAGCUCUGGAAUUGGAAAGUUCUGAUUUUAAGUGGGGUAAUGGAGUUGGAGACAUUCUGAAGGCUGGAAAAUCUCUUUCUAGUCUUCACCUACUCGAUGAAGAGGAAAUGCAGGAAAAUAAUUUUUCUGCACCAUCUAGUUUGAAGCCGUCACGUUCACUUGCAGCUUUGUGUGAUCUCUCUGAUGAGGAGGUAGAAAUUCCAGGUACACAUUCACUUAUAAUGCAGUUUGAGAAAAUGAGAACUAAAGAAAACUAAGCGAAACACCACCUAAAACAAUGCAAUAGACAAUAUAAAUGUGAUAUAUCUGUCCAAGUUCAUAGAAAAUUUUAAUUCUAUCUAUUUUGCCGUACUAUUUUGAACACUUAUUUAUAAACAAGUAUUUAUUUAUUUAUUUAUUUCAUUAUUUUGUGAAAGGUUUUUGUUGUGAAUAUUGAUUUUUCCAAGUACUUAUUGUUUCAAUAAAUGCAACUACUGUGUUUGAGUAAAGGAAGUUUGUUAAGGCAAUGUAAAAACAUCAGACAUUUAAUCUUCACUUAGUCUUCUAGAAACGUAAAGUUGACUUUCAAUAAGACUGACACUUUUACAUCAAGAAAAUGUAUAUCCACAGUCCCAAAUCUUGAGUAAAAAUUUACAAUUACACACGGUUGUGUGAAUUACAGUUUACUAUGACUAAGCUUUGAGAUUAAUGUUUGGUCCAAUAUUUUAAAUUUUUUUCAAUCUUGUCUGUUGUCUGAUAGUAGUCUCGAGAAAUUAAUGAUAGAAAUGAUGCAGUGCUGACGUAAAUAGUUCCCCCUCUUAACUUUUGAACGCAACAAGAUAUCAUUUUCGUUUUUUUUAUUUUCGAAAAUUGUAUCAGCUGUUCCUGAGUAAUUAGCAGUGUUAUAUAAGUUUUAAGGAUUUACAAACAAAAUAUAAAUUUAAUUUCAAGAAAAAAUGCAUUUCAAACUCACUUCAGUUCAUUCCAGUAAAUGUUUAAAUUGAUCACUAUUCACUUCCUGCUAAUAAUGAAGUUUUUUAAUAAAUUCAUUAUGGAAUGUUUCUGAGAUAAUUUUGUCAGGAGCACCUCUUAUACUUACCAUGAGUUCUGGAGUAUAUCCCUCCGAAGAGCUCAGUAGUUCACCUGAUAUAACGCCUCCAGAUGUUUUUGAGGGAGUAUGUGACACUGAAGUGUACGAUACACAACUACAGUUCAUUUCAGAACUCGUUGAUAGAUAAAGAGAUAUUGUACUGAAGUACUUCAGUACAGUAAGUAAGUAAGUACUGAAAAUCAUACUUACAAAGUGAAUCUUGUUAUUUUGUUGCCUCCAAAAGUGAAGGGGGCAAAGACUUUUCACCUCAGCACUGCAUUCAAAAAUUAUAAAAUACAUUAUUAUGUUUGUGCCUUACAUUGCCAUCGGUGGUCAAUUUUUAUCAUAAUAAAUUAAAUCAAGCAAA